CUGAAACGGUAAAAUUGAGAUAGUUGACAAAUUGACAGUCAACUUUUGACGACUCCAUAAAUAGCACAGAAAAUGUCAAAAUUUCCAAUCAUUCAUUCACUGCACUUGUCUCUUCGAAUCAGAAAAGAAUCAGUUCUCUCUCUACAAUCAAUUCUCUCUCUCUCUCUCUCUCUCUCUCUCUAAAUAGAUGCUCUUCAGCUGCAAGUAUGGCGGCAUCCUGCUUUGAACGCCAACUGAAUGCAAUCUCAUGGGUAUCUCUGAUAACCGUCACCGCUUUUUUGCUUGUCAAAUUAGCAAAUAUAUUCGGGCUGUGGAUCAAAGCCCGACCCAUACCCGGCCCUCCUUGCCCUUCCUUCUACGGCCAUGGCCACCUCAUCACCCGCUCCAAUCUCACCGAUAUUCUUUACAAGUGUCACAUGAAAUAUGGAAGGGUGGUGAAACUCUGGCUGGGACCCACUCAACUUUUGGUCUCGAUAGAGGAUUCGGAACUUAUCAAAGAGGUAUUAUGGAAGGCUGAGGAUAAGUUGCCUUUGACAGGGAGGGCAUUUCGUCUAGCUUUUGGAAAAUCAAGCCUUUUUAUCUCAUCUUUUGACAAGGUGGAACACCAAAGGAAAUUGUUGGAAGUGAAACUUGGAGGCAAAUUGCUCGAGAGAGCAAGUUUGAUUCCCGACAAAAUAUUUUGUUCCAUCAUAGAAAUAGCUCAAAAUGAAACGACCAAAGGAGGUAUCGAAUGCGAAACAAUUUCGCUGAGCCUAGCUUUUUCUAUCCUAGGCUCCACAAUAUUUGGAGACGUAUUUUUGUCCUGGCCUAAGGCAAUUGUCUACAAGGAGUUGCUAAUGAAGAUUGCUAAAGAUGCAUGCUUUUGGGGAUCUUAUAGUGUUACCCCUUUCUGGAAACAAGAAUUUUGGAGGUAUCAAGAUUCGUGCACUCGGUUGAAGUUCUUAACCGAAGAGCUUGCAAAAGAAUGCAGACAAAAUUGCAACACGGAAUUCUCGUGGGCUUUUGAACCGUGUGGAGAACUAAUAAGUCUGAUGUUUCAUGGUUCUCUGACUAUGGCUGCGCUCGUUGCAAAUAUUUUGACGAGGCUUGUUACACAUCUAGACAUACAGGACGAGAUUUACUCAGAGAUAGUUAUGGCACAAAAAGUUAGGAGAAAAACAUAUGAACAGAAUGUCGAGGGGAUGCCCAAACUCUUGGCAACUGUAUAUGAAUCAGCCCGUCUUCUUCCAGCUGGACCUCUAUUGCAAAGAUGCUCUCUCGAUAAUGAUUUGAAUCUAAAGAAUGGGACAGUGAUACCUGCUGGUGCAAUUAUUGUUGUGCCAGUUCAAUUGGUUCAAUCGAACACCGAAACUUGGGGGAAAGAUGCUGACAAGUUCAAUCCGUAUCGAUUUGUUUUGCCAACUGAACCAAUUUCCGACAAAAAGGAAUCUUUAGAAGGUUUCGAUUCGUGUGCUAUGAAAGAGCCGAAUGAAUUCGAAGCGUUUCUUCCGUUUGGAUAUGGUGCACGUGCAUGUAUUGGACAAAAGUUAGCUGUCCGUGGAAUUUCAUCCUUGUUUGCUGCUCUCUUAGGACAAUACGAGAUAAGGCUUCAAUCAGGAUCUGAAAGCAACCCGAAACCUACGAUGAAUAACUAUAUACUAGAGCUUCUUCCGAGUCCAAAGAUAGUUUUUAUCAAAAGAAAGUAGAAGAGUUAAAAAAAUUAGGAGCUCUCUCUUUUAUUCAAGUUUCGAGCAAUGUGGGAUUCUGCAAUUUUUGGGGCUCUCUUAGCAGUCGAGCCGAAGGAUGAGGAGGCAGUUUUUUUUUUGGAUUCGGUCGUUUUUAUGUGGAACCAGCUUUGGCUGUAAAACUGUAAUUAGUUUUGAAGCGCGGGACCCACUGAAAUCGAGCCCUUUUUGUUGUCUUUCCAUGUUGUGAAAAUUGUAGUACCUCCUUUUUUUUCGUUUUCUUUUUUCUCUCGUUAACGAGAGUUAUGAUGUUUGUAAGUAAAAUGUACGUGUAAUGUUGGUACUAAAAGAGUUGGUGUUGUGUGUUAUAGUUUUUCUUCGAAGCGGUU